AUGCGACAGAAAGGGGAUUGGUGGAGUUGGCGUUCUCGUCAACACGGGUAUAUAGGCCUAAAGAAUAGCGAAUUCGAACAACUUGCGAUCCGAAUCGGACGUCUGCGGAUGAGAAAAUGUGGUCUAACACCAGCUUUGACUAUCUUUGUUGCUUACACUCCAACAUCAAGCUACGAAGAAGAAGUCGAAGCUUUCUAUAUGGACCUGGAGAAGUUCAUCUGA